AAAUAGCAGUGACCUGAAAGUAAAACACAAAGUUGCAUUGUAUGUAACUCACUUACUUCUCCUGAGCAGUCGCCUGUUCGCCAUCUGUUAUUUCACCGUCAGCAACAAGUGGUGGAUCAUUAGCGUAUUAUCAUUUCAUUCUUGUGUUGUGGUAAUAGCGACUUUUAUUCUGGAAAGAGGUAGACUCUUUACAAUAUACAAAAUACAACAUGUUUUCUUUAUGAUAUUGUUUAUGGGCAUUCACUCUCUGAGAGACGAUACUUCUACGUUUUUCGUUAAAAAAGAAGCAAAAGCAGGAGGUGUGAGUGUGAUUGUGCUUUUAUCACACUUUCUGUUUGUAUUAGAAAACUGCUUUAUGAUCUUAAUGUUUCAUUUCACUUAUUACGUCAAUACUUGGUACUCUUUGCCAGUCACUGUCUGUGUGUGUUUCUUCGGCGUUCUUGGCUCAACAAUGAGAGUAUGUUUACUUCGUUGGUUAAGCAAGGAAACAGCCGAAGGUUCGCAAGCCGCGAACAGCAAUGAUAUGAACAGCACUAACGUGAACAGCAGUAACGUGAACAGCAGUAACGUGAACAGCAGUGACGUGGACAGCAGUGACGUGAACAGCAGUGACGGGAACAGCAGUGACGUGAACAGCAGUGAUGUGAACAGCAGUAACGUGAACAGCAGUAACGUGAACAGCAGUGACGUGAACAGCAGUAACGUGAACAGCAAUGAUGUGAACAGCAGUAACGUGAACAGCAAUGAUGUGAACAGCAGUAACGUGAACAGCAGUGACGUGGACAGCAGUGACGUGAACAGCAGUGACGUGAUUACAUCAGUUGUUAAGUGUUAUAUCAGCUCAGUGUGAUGUAGUAAUUCGUGUGAUGUAGUAAUUCGAUGUAGUAAUUUAGAUAGCCUGUAGCCGUACUAUUUGAUUUUUUUUAAGGCCCAAUUUAUUUAGGUUGAGCUGUCGAACCAGUAAGUUUCCAAAUUGUGACUGUCUUGUUUAACUUCUAUUAAUUAGUUUUUGUCUACUGACCUUAUCUUGUACCCUUACGAAAGUUUUUGUUUUGGCUUACGCAGUAAACGAUUGAAUCAUUUGAUCGAAAGCAUUAAGUACAUUGUUGUUUAUUUGUGAGAUUCUUGCAAAUUGACGUGUUUGGGUUGGUGUUCUAACAACAGAAAGUGUUUAAUCUUCCAAAGUCAGUUGGUCAGCAUGGCCACUCAUGCCUAUCGAUGGCGAGUACAUAAGCAUGUAUUUUAGAGACGGUUUACUUAUGAGACUGAGUCGGCAUUGAGUCAGAAGUCACUAGUCAGUGAGAAAUAGAGGAAUACGAAUCAGAGUGUGAGCAUCAAAAAGAGAUUUAUCAGAGUUUGACUCAGACGUGAGUAGUUUUAAAGUUAUGAAAAAUCACGAUGGUUUUACUAAAUCGUUAGGUAUAGCAGUUUAGUGUUUUCACUCAUUUUCAUAUGUUAGUAGAAUACGCUAAUUCGACGGGCACAGAAGAUGUGAAAGUUACUUGUAAAUUUGUAACUCAAGCAGUAGAAGGAAGGAAAUAAUUACAUAACAAGCAGCGAAUAUUGGAUUGAAUAGAGUUAGCUUGGAGUAUGUGGUUUUGAUGUUUGUUAAAAAUAGUUUAAGUCUAUAACUUUAAGAUUUUGGGGGAUGAUGUUUUGAUACUUCUCGUACGAAGAAAGAUGUAGAUUUACGUUGUGCAACCUUCCUUAGAAAAUAGUUUUGAUCUAAAACUGUGUACAAGUUGACAUUUUGUA